AUGAACCAUCUAAGAUUAUUAUUCUAUAUAAGUUGUUCAUUAUAUUUUAAUUGUUUCAUACAAUCUACAGUGACUUAUACAAUUCAACAAUCAUCUAUGAAUCGUAUUGAUGUAAAAGUGAAAGAAAUUGACGAACAAAACAAUCUAUGGAAGAAUCAAGUUCAGCAUGAUAAUGAAUCACAAUCAUUGAUGAUAAGUCCAGUAAGAUUUGGUGUUUGGAAAAAAUCCAAACGUAAUGGUAAACAUAAACGUAACAAACAUCGUCGAAAACUUUACCGUCAUAAGAAAAUUUUACGUUAUCUAUAA